AUGGAGACCGAGAAAGAAGUUGAGAUAGCACAGGAACCAGUGGUUGAUGUGGCAGCUGAUAAAGAUCGAUCCCAAAUGAUUGGGAAGAAGAGACCUCCUACACCCUUCCCUCAGAGGCUAGCUAAGUACCAAAAAGAGGAGCAAUACAAGAAGUUCUUGGAGAUGCUAAAACAAAUCCAGGACUUAAUGUCCCGAAAAUUUGAUUUCCAAGAUUUGGCCACAGUUACUCUUACUCAAACCUGUAGUGCAGUGGUGACUAGACCAAUUGCGAAAAAGUUGUCUGACCCAGGGAGCUUUACAAUCUCAUGCACUAUUGGUGAUUUUGCCUUUGCUAAAGUAUUGUGUGAUCUAGGGGCCAGCAUUAAUCUUAUGCCCAUGGAAAUUUAUAAGAGGCUAUAUAUUGGAAGAGCUAGACCCACCUCUAUGUUGUUGUCGUUGGCUGACAGGACGGUAAAGCGACUCUCUAGUAUUCUGGAUAAUGUGUUGAUUCAGGUAGGGAAAUUUGUGUUCCCUGUAGAUUUUGAAAUCUUAGACUGUAAAGUGGAUGACGAGAUUCUCAUAUUUUUGGGAAGACCCAUUCAUGUCCACGGGUAG